GAAAGAAGUAAAGAGAGACAUAGUAGUAAAGAAAAGGAUAAAAGCAGGGACAAGCACAGAGACAGAGAGAGGAGAAAGGAUUCGGAAGAGAGGAGCGGCAGAGAGAGGCGAAGUUCCAAGGAAGACGGAGAGGGAAAGAGAAAGGAGGAGAAAGAAGGAGUUGAGACCACAAAGGAAGGAAGCAGUGACAGGAAGGAUCGGUCACCUAGUGCUCCAAACCAGGACAGUGUUCCCAUGACAUCGACUCAGAACUCUCCGCGAAGAACGAACCACAAACCUAGAAUGACUUUGGAAGAAAAAAUAUUCCAGAGGGAACUGGAAGCUGCUCUUGCAAUUUCAAAAAUAGAAACUGUGGGAAGUCCUCCAUCAGAAGAUAAACCACAACAAGCUGAUAAACCACAAGAGGACAAUCAAACCAAGGAGAAGGAAGACAAAACUGAAACUACACCAUCUGAGCAUUGUUCUAUCUUACCCACUGCAGUCACAGCCAAAGAGAACCAUGUUCCUCCCCAAGAAGAGAACACGGAUAUCAAAAUCAAGAAAGUAGAUGUGAACAUUGCCGAAGAGAGAGGGCCGUCACCAAGCAUUGAAAGAGCAGCCAAGCAAGAUCAGGAAUCUACGGCACCAGAGGACUCAAAUUCCUCGGCAGCACCAAAGGCGGAGGAGCCAAAACUUACAAAGUCAAACCAAGAAGAGCCAGAACCUACAAAAUCGAACAAAGAGGCUGAUUCAGUGCCUACCAAGUCCAGUAUAAAGGCAGAGUCAGUGCCUACUAAGUCCAGUAUAGAGGCAGAGUCAGUGCCUGCCAAAUGCAGUAUAAAGGCAGAAUCAGUGCCUACUAAGUCUAGUAUAGAGGCAGAGCAAAAGUCUACAAAGUCCAGCAAAGCAGCGGAGCCAAAACCUGCCAAGUCCUAUAAAGAAGAGGAGCCGAUGCCUGGAACAUCCUGGGGCCUUACUAGCAAGAGACCAAGAAAGACUGUUGUCUUUAAGGAAGAUAGCGAUUCAGACAGCUUUGAUGGCUUUGACGAUGGCGAAGCCUCAGAUUUCUCGGAGGAAAGUGACUUUGCCCCAAGCCCAAAGAAGAAGGCCAAGAAGGGAAAAGAGAAGAAAGAAAAGCCACCCAAGAAAAAGGCGACUAAAUCAUCGACCAACACAAAAGCCAAAGACAGAAAUCCUCCUCCGGAACCCUCUCUCCCUAAAACACUGCCGGCUGCUAAAAGUUCACCACCCAAAACAAAAGCUACAGAGAGAAUUCCUUCCGUGGUGUCCUCCCUUCCAAAAACGCCAGCAGCAGCAGCAGCAGCAACAGUUUCCUCCGCCAAGAGAACGCCAGUUUCCGAAUCAAAAGAAAACACAGCACCUCGGAUACAACCUCCAGCUGCGUCAAAGGCUAAACCAAGUAUACCUCCUAACAGAACCGUUAAUAAUGCUAGUAGAAUAAAAACUUCCCAAACAACGGCUUCCAGAGAGACGGCUAGUUCUUCACCCGGCUCGGGAGGUGUUACAAAAUCUGCGGGACUUGUUAGAUCACAGUUCAAAAGCCCGGUCCUCAAUGCCCCAGGGGUUUCGUCAGGAAAUUCACCCACCUCGGGAAGACCUAUUGGUUUGCGUCUCGGCCUUUCUCGGAGGGCGAAUUUCAAGCCUUUACACCCAAACAUGUCUGCGAAGUAAAUAAUUAAGCUAGAUUAUCAAGUUGAUGCUCUUUUAAAUGUACAUCUCUAAUUCUAUAUAUUUUUUUAUUGUGAAAGUAUGAGGCUUAUAGUGUAAAUAUAUUUGUGACCUUUCUAUAUAAUUGUAAGAUAUUGCUAUUGUUAUU